AUGAAGGAGGCGCUUUGGGUCGCAAUCAUAUGCGCAACUGCUACGCUAGGGGGCCUGAGCUCAGUGUGCAACCAGUGGUUUAAAGGCCAAUGUGUGCCGUCCAUCGCACACUGUCAGCCAGGUAGCCGUGUGCGUGUGUUCGUGUGCCAGAGUCUGCUGCGCGUGUGCUGCACACCUCAAAAAGUGGCACACACUGUUGCCAUGACAACGUCUAUUCGACCUGGAACAGAGACUGGGGCGACUACACCCAAUCCCGAGAUGCCCACAGAAAAGCGUGAGUGUGGACAGAGCCAGUUUGAGAGAAAGGACAUUUUCCGCGUGGUAGGGGGCCAAGAGAGCAGCCGGGGGAGUGGCCCUGGCAGGGUGUCGAGCUUGGGCCCGGUGCAAGUUGUCCUCGGCGAUCAUGACAGAGGGCGUCGGGAAGGUACCGAAGCCUCCCGCCGCCCGAGUCGGGUAAUAGUUCACGCCGGCUUCCCGUCACAAGCUCCCGUACACGAUAUCGCCCUAAUCAAGCUGGACCGACCUGUGAACGUCACGGACUACAUCAGGCCCGUGUGCCUACCGGAUAGUUCGGCAGAGUUUGACCGACAGACGUGUGUGGUGACAGGGUGGGGCGUCACCAGGCAAGGUGGUCGGACGGUAUCCACUCUACAAGAAGCGGCUGUUCCCAUCCUGUCACGUAAUCAGUGUUCAGCCCUGUACGGAUUCAAGGUGGAUCAAGCAGCCAAUCUGUGUGCCGGAUAUUUAAACGGGCGUGUUGAUGCCUGUCAGGGCGACUCAGGGGGCCCUCUAGUGUGCAAGAACAACAACUCAUGGGAGAUCGCUGGAGUGGUGUCGUGGGGGGAUGGAUGUGGAGAGCGAUACAAGCCUGGGGUUUACACCAGGGUCACUGCUUACACAGGGUGGAUUGAGAAGAGCAUCUAUGUGAAGGUCUGGUUUAAGAAGGAUGGACGCUUGGUCUGUGGGGGGAGCCUGAUAAGUCGUCAGUGGGUUUUGACCGCUGCCCACUGUCUGGAUGGGAUUCGGACUUUGAAAGGCCUAACGAUGAUUCUUGGGGAUUUCCGCACCGGAUUCGCCGAUGGUAGUGAGGUGGCGCAGGGAUUCGCACGUGUCGUGUUACAUGGAGGAUACAACUCACGGACUAUAGCCAAUGACAUCGCGAUGAUAAAGCUGCAAGUACCGAUAAAAAGUACAGACUACAUCCGACCUGUUUGCCUACCCGCGAAGACCGCCAUGUUUGAAGGGAGGGAGUGCGUUGUUACUGGCUGGGGUACUACUAGUCAAGGCGGAGGAAUAUCCGGGACAUUGAGGGAGGUGACGGUGCCUAUCCAACAGAAGUCAACAUGCAACAAACUCAUUGGCCCUGUGUUUAAUCCGAAAAAGAACUUGUGUGCCGGCAAACUGAAGGGAGGAAAGGACGCAUGUCAGGGAGACUCUGGCGGACCGUUGGUGUGUAGGGGAAGCGACUCGUGGAAACUUGCGGGUAUUGUGUCAUGGGGGUAUGGAUGCGCCAGGCCAGGUCGGCCGGGAGUUUAUACUAAGGUUAGCGCUUACCUCCCUUGGAUACAGCAGGUCAUGAUGAGAGACCGGGUAAAGACGAUAGCCAACUUCACAUAAUGACAGUUCCUUGGU